AUGAAUUUCUUUCAAAUAAUUUUCCUCAGUUUUGCCUCUGCUGAGCUCUUAUUUGUGACUGAAAUUUCAAAAGAAGGCUUAAAAACGCUGCCAAAAGUUUACCCAUGGUCUUUACAAGAAGAGCCAAAUUCUCUUACAAAAGAAGGAUUCGACCAGCAUUAUCAAAUUGGCCAGAAGCUUAAAGAGAAAUACCAUCUUCUUAUCCACCCUUAUUAUACUGAAGAAGACAUCAUAUCUAAAUCCUGCAGUUCUUUAAGCUGCAUUUCUAGCUCCAAAGCUCAGCUCGAAGGGAUCUAUGGCAAGCCUUAUGAUUUUAAAAUUAAUUUUACCCGCGAAGUUGACGACUUUUUAUUCAAGCCUCAAAAAGCUUGCCCAAGAAUUAAUUGGCUGCUGAGUUAUAGGCUUGAGCAUAAGGCAUGGAAAGAAGUAUGGGGCAGGAUUUUAGUCCAUGAGAAAAGCUUAGAGAAAUUGGUUGGGGAUAGUAUCGAUAUGUGGAAUAUUUAUGAUCUGGGAAGCGUCUUAGUGUCAUAUAAAGAUAGAGAAAUUCCUUAUCCUAAUGAAAUAACAAAAGAAGAAGCAGAAACUGUGAUUGAGGCUUAUUAUAGGUUCCAGGACACGCUUAUGUUUGGGUCAAGAGAUCAAGGGAUUUUGGCGACCAAUGAAAUGAUGAUCAAUUUACUUAGGUCGCUGAACCAUGCAGUUUCUAAGCCACAUCUGCUAAAGCAAAGGCUGCAUAUUUAUGUAGGGGAUGAUGCUUGGUAUAUGGCAAUAAUGAGGAUUCUUGGGAUGGACUAUUCACCUUCUUCUCCUGCGUCAGCUCUUUUUAUUGAGCUUCAUAGACUAGGUGAUGAUCAUAGAAUAUACUAUAUUUUUACAGGUAUAUUUAUUUAUCUCUUACAAAUCCUUGAAUUAUGCUUAAAACAACGCAGUUAUUUUUUUCUUAUAAAAGUACUUAUUUUUUUCUAGUAUAAGAUUUUGGCAGAAAAAUUCUUAUAUAGAAGUCCCAGAGUGCGGCUUAGAAUGCGAUUUCCGAGAAUUCGACCGAAUUAUCACAAAAAGAAACUUUAAAGCAGAAAAACAGCACAGAACCCUUUGUUUCACUCUUGAAGAAAUCAAAGAAUUUUACUGGCAAAAAUACCUGCUAAUGUUUUUUGCUUGUAUGUUCUUCUUUCUCAUCUUCAAAUACAACACACAACUAGCAGUAUGGAUAGGUAAAAAGUUUAAGCAAGAAUAA